UCCUCAAAACCACGAUUUUUUCCAAUUGAGAAUAAUUUCAAGCCCGACGUCUUGUCUCAAUCGAACCACCACUGUAAAAAUUGUACCCAUUAGAUUGCUUUUUUAACAGCCAUGUCUGACAUAUCCGAAGCAUUCAAUUAACGUAAUGCAACAAUCAGCAAGAAUUAAUUACAGCUAUUUGACUGUAUUUAAAAAACGUGUUUUUAACUUACUACGUUCUCUUCCCCUUAUUUUUUUUAUUAAUCUUCGCUUCCUAAACACUCUCCGAUCGUCCCCGUCGCCGAUCUCCUCCUCCCCCGUCUCGCCGCCGGCGAAACUUCCAGAAGCCCACCUCAAUAACCGCACCCGCCGCCAUGGAUGAUUCUUCUCAAGAACUUCCAAAUCCACCGGCAAAGAAGAAACGAAAUCUACCCGGGAUGCCAGGUCGAACGAAAUCCUGAGGCUGAAGUGAUUGCCUUAUCGCCGAAGACCCUGCUGGCGACGAACAGAUUCGUGUGCGAAAUCUGCAGCAAAGGGUUUCAGAGAGACCAGAAUCUGCAGCUCCAUCGGAGGGGACACAACCUGCCAUGGAAGCUUCGGCAGAGAUCGAGCACGGAUGUGAAGAAACGGGUCUACGUCUGCCCGGAGCUGACCUGCGUUCACCACAACCCUGCCCGGGCUCUGGGAGACCUGACCGGGAUCAAGAAACACUUCUGCAGAAAGCAUGGAGAGAAGAAAUGGAAAUGCGACAGAUGCUCCAAGAAAUACGCCGUUCAGUCCGACUGGAAGGCGCAUUCCAAGAUUUGUGGUACUCGAGAGUACAAGUGCGAUUGCGGCACUCUCUUUUCGAGGAGAGACAGUUUCAUUACACACAGGGCGUUUUGUGACGCAUUAGCAGAGGAAAGUGCAAAAGCGGAGGCGAUUGUCGCGCCUUGCAGUCCUGUUGAGGAUAAGAACGAUGAAGCCGUCGUGUCGUCGCCGCUGUCCUCUCCGUCGCCGCCGCCGGAGCAGGCGUCGGAGCCGACAGUCCCUACUCCACCUGUUCAGAGCUCUGCUUUUGGUUCUGCAGUUCAAGAGGAAAUCUCUUCGCCGGAAAGUUUACCGGCGACCUGCACCGGAAGUUCCGGCGGUGGCGGCAAUUCCAGCAGUAACGGAAGCUCAAGCAGCAAAGUGUUCGCCAGCUUGUUUGCAUCAUCGACGACGUCGUCGUGGAGUCUUCAUCCUCAGCCAACCGGAUUCGCCGCCAUGUUUCGAGACAUUCCUCAGGACGUCGUGAUCCAAUCGCCAUCGUCGCUGGGAGAGCCGGUGUCCCUCUGCCUGGCAACGAGUCAAGCGUCAUCGAUGUUCGGAUCGACGGGGCAAGAGCGCAGGCAGUAUCCGCAGCCGGCAUUGUCUGCAACAGCGUUGCUACAGAAGGCUGCUCAGAUGGGCGCAUCUGUAUCGAAUGCGUCGCUGUUGAGAGGCCUCGAAUUGGACGGGGAGCACCGCCAGCCCGGCGGGGCGUCAUCCCUAGCUGCCGGGCUCGGCCUGGAGCUGUCCUGUAAUGGUGGUUCUGGUUUUAAGGAGUUGAUGAUGGGGUUUGGUCCUAAACACACUACACUUGAUUUGCUUGGGUUGGGAAUGGCGGCAGGCGGCGGUUCGCCUGGCAGCAUAUCGGCGCUGAUGACAACCAUUCGUGGCGGCAAUGAUGAUGCUGUGCCGCCGAAGGGCGGCGGCGAGUAUGGCGGCAGAGACAUGUGAAGAAGCUGGGCAAUAUGUUGCUUUGAUUGACCACAAAUCAUGUUAAUUGCCAAGAAACAGUUUUUACAAUUUUUCAUACAUUGUAUUUGUAAGAAAUGUACCUAGCGAAGACUCAUAACAUUUCUAGCUCAUUUUCAAGAAUCCAUGAAACCUGCACAAGUAUCAUUAAACGAUGAUGAUGGUAACAGAAACAGUGUAAGUUUAGGGUUUAGGUUUGUCCCUUCUAAUCUAUUCGAUUGUUUCUCUUUGUACC